CAUUUAAUCAGCCAUGCUUGUUUAAGAUAUCGAUAGAAAUUAAAAAUCGACCCCCUCCCCUAAAUCCCAAAACGAUCAAAACUGAUUUCUUACUCGCGCUCGACGGAUUUGCUAAAACGGAUUCAGGAUUGUAUUGGUAUAGUCUAAUAGAUCCGUGGAACAGCAGAUCGAGAUUAUUUUCAUAUCAAUCUGUUCGUCUCAACAAAUUUUAAAAUACAGCCUACCGCCUACCGCCUCCCUGGACGGAUAAGAUCAAAAUAAAAAUUGUCAUGAAACCCGCAGAAAGACCAAAAACCCGCCCUAAUACCAGAGGACCCUUUUGGAAGCCAAAAGGAAAUAUAUCCUGUCGUCCUCCAAAAGAAAUAGAAGAGAAAAAUAAAUACACAAGACUGCCGGAUGGCAUUUCUCCAUUUCUCAAUUCUCAAAGUUGAUUCCUUUUUUCGUGUUUACGUAACGUACGUGAAUGUUUUGAAAAGCGUCCUGGGCGCGAAAAUUUAAAAAAAUAAAAAAAAUCUACGGUUCGCUGUGCGUCUUGGCCUUGAUGCGUUAGAAUGGGAAAAACUCGGUGUGAAGCGAUUCGCUUGUAUAGACAGGCGAAAGAAAACGACUCUGAAACAUUGAGUGUACUUGAAUGACGUCAUACUCCCGGAGGUUGUUCAAUAGACCGUAAGGGGGAAGGAGGAGGUGGGAGGGAGUAGUAUCCGGUACUCUAGUCGUCAAAUGAAGGCAAUUAAAUAAGCCAAUGGCAACAGUUGCUCGAUAACGUUUAAAACUAAUUUGAUCCCGUCUCACGCGUUUGUGUGGGGACGAAUUUGCCAAUUUUCCACUUAACCUCCAAUUAAGUUUUUUUUUUUGUAGCUAGACAAUUAACAAUCGCUAUUUAAUUUAUAUCGUGUUGAAAACUUGAAAUGUCCCUGUUUUUUUAUUUGUUUGGUUGGUUGGUUUUUUACCAGGGAGGGGUUCUUUUCCGUCACGGGUUUACUAUAGACUCGGUCGUCGAGUUGUUUUACAGUUUUCUCGAGUUGCUCACGAAGGACGUGAGUUGGCCGGCUCAUUUUUUUUUUCCUCCAUGCGACUUUGUAUUCACGAUGUCAUUGAAAAAGGUCCGUUGCUUUGAAAGAAACCAAAUCAAACCUUUCGAGUUAACAAGGAAAAAUCAAACGGCGGGUGGUUAUAUGCCAUCAUCCAUUCUAAUUCAUCGGAUUGAUAAAUCAGUCCAGUUUCGCCCCUUUCGUUAUUCGAAACGAGUCACGAAAUCUAUGGGUGAUUCCAUCGAUCGUAAUAAGGCAAACACGAUUUUAUUUUUCACAAAAUUGUGAUUUGCUAUACCUCGUUUGUCGACAUGAUUCAAAUUGGUGUCUAUCACGUAAUGGCUGAUUUAAAAAAAAAAUUCCGAAUAUUUCCCCUGCGCCAUUUGCGAGCCCGCGUUGCUGGACACCGCAAAAAUCGACGGAAAGUGCCCGCAGUUGUGCGCACGGCCCUUUCGGUCGUCGUGCAAUCAGUUUGUGGGUGGCCAAUUAUGAACACGGACGCCCUUCAAACGGCGACCGCAAUAUAUAGUAGAGGCUAUUCGCCGUAGUAUAGAGACAUGGCGAGCGUGUGAACGGCACGCAUAAGAGCUGGACUUUUCACACCCACAUUUGUCGUCCCACAUUCGAACAAUCAAACACACGGGCAAUGGGUAAAGAGAGAGAGAGCCCCAUCGUUAUAAUCGCCCAGAUAUCAGCACACAAUCACAAAAGAGAAAUACAGUCCGCGUAGAGUAUACACAUUAUAAAUGGCUAUGUAGUAGCGGAAUGCCAUACAAACUACACAGCAGCGCUCUACACUCUAAUCAAUUGAGAAAUCAUCCUUGAACCAAACCGUGCCUUGUUUCUCUCUCUCUCUCUUUCUCGCUAACAAUAAAAUAUAUAGAAAGUCUAUUUCUUCUCUGCCCCCAUCGUUCGGGAGCUGCUGCUGCUGCUGGUCCGACCGGCCACUAAUUGCCUCGGUGCGCUAUACAGCCAACCACCGAUCAUCAUUCACGAUCGGAGAAUUCCAUUUUUUAUUAUGGAUAUCUCUCUCGGAGAAAUGUUGGAUGGCCAACGAACAAUAGGCCUUUGUGUGCGUGUACCUACAGGUGCGCCACCCUCCAACGUAACCACCAAGUACCUCCCCCCUCGUUGUGUAUACGUACCUCCGCUAUAAAAGUUAUAUUUUUUCUUCCCUUGGAGAUAGCUGUUGGCCAACUUCUUCUGCCGAGCAAUAGCAACACUACUACUCCAUUAUUCUUUUUCUACCCUGUGAAUAGUGUAGUAGUAGUGUAGUAUACAGCCAUCUCUCCUCCCCUUCUAGACACUUUGCUCACCAGCCUUGUCUUGUGUAUCAAAAAGUACGGGCCUCUCAUCGUCAUUCCGUCAGUGAAUCGGAUUCCGUCAUCGGUGUCGGAUCGUUUUCUCUUUUCCUUCGGUGCGCGGACCGACAUUCUCGGCAUUCCACAACAACAAGGACGGAUCGUUGCUUUUAAAAGUCGUUGUGGGUGUUUGUUACUUUGACAAUAACGUCGACGACGUUUUUUUUUAAAAAAAAGUGUCGUCAUUUGCAUCGCAGUUACACACACAAGUCGUGAAAACAACGAAUUUCAAAAACGGUUAUUGCGUCAUUUUCUCCGACUGGGAAAAGUAGAAACUAUUUGAAAAAGUUUUCUGUUUAAGGACAAAGGGGGGAAAAGAAAAAUCCUGUUAAGAGGUUUUUUUUCCCAGUGAAAUCGCGAAAUGUUUACCAAUGAAACUACAAGUUGGCGACGCGCUCCGUUGCGUCACGGCCAGCAUCAGCAUCCGGCGUGCGGCGGUGACGACGGCUCUUGUGUCACCGCAACUACCGAAUCGACCACAUCUUUCCCAAUCAACCGAGGCUCCGUCCUUCGCAUCAAAUCCAUUCCAAACGGUGGGCCCAUCUCUUGUUGUUGCUGUUGUCGUAGCUCUGACGGCUGGACCGACUGCAGAACUCACCACCCACCACCACCGACGGCCGGAGUCAUCAAUAACUCCGGUGGCAAGCCUCCAGGUGGCCAUUUUGUACAUCCGACGACUACCGUUCAAGUCACGAUGCGCUGGUUCCGAAAAGGAUCGGAGGACAACGCCCCUCGAUUGAUCAGCCUGUCGCCGCUCCGACAGUUGGACUCGGCGGCUGCGGCCGAUGCCGAGGUCGCCGGCGUCGGCCAGUGGGCCAACUACCACCACCUGCGGCACAGAAAUGACCAGGACACGGCAUCCACCCUGGAUCUGCCAAUCUCAUCCGGUCACACCAUCCAGCACCGCCGCUCCAGGUCGGCUUUGUCGGACAACAUGUCGGCAGAGCGUUCCAGCGCCUUCGCCGACCACCACUCCCAGCAUCACCUUCCCUGCACGCUGAAGAGGAAGCCGGCCGUGAGGCGACGUAGCGGAGGCAAAGGUUCGUGCGGAUGGCGAUCGUCCAUGUCAUCGGCCUCGUCGCCCCGGUGUCUUUCCAGCGCCGCCCUGGCCUUCCCGCCAGCUGUGCCCAAGGUGCCGGUCACUGCGGCUCAUCGCAAUUUCACGACGACCGAAGGGUCAUUCGUCCGGCCGCAGCCGACGCCGCGGGUCCGCUACGCCAACCGAGUCCCGCUCCAGUACGACGAAACCAACGACGAGGACAACGAGAGCGAGGAAUGGAUCCGCUUGUACGGACUCUGCACAACAGAUGGCGGCACCGUCUCGGCGGCCACUGGCCGUCGCCUCUCGCCCAUCCGGGCCUUCGGUCAGAACCACAGGAGAACGGCCAGCCUGGACAACAUCAUCGAUGGAUGUAACGACAGUUCCUCAACGCCAUCGAUGACGUCCAGCCGAAGAAAUCGCUUGAGGGCCCAACCGGCCGACUACCAGCCGGCCGCAGUGGUCCAGAAUCGAUCGCGGCCUCCUUGCUGGAGUCCUCAGCGCUACAUGAGCAUCAACAAAGGAUCGAUAUCCUCACCAAAGAGUUCGGUCGAUGAGAAAUUGUUGGCGAUGAAACCGCUGGACGACGUAACUCCCACGUCCAGCCCGGGGUUAUUCAAGACCAAACUGAAAUCCAUCUCGGACAAGUACCUGAAGAAUCCGGUGGCCGGAAUGGUCACCAACGGCAGAGACACGUUGACCGGCAGUCUGCUCAAUCGCAUCCGAAACCGUCAGCACCACCAUCCCAUGAAGGAAGGCGAAACUCCGGAGAAGGCCAACCGGAGUAGUUUCCGCAGCUUCUCGUGCAGUACGCUGCCCUCGCUGGAUGAUUUCCACCGGAAGAGACUUUUGGCGGCGUCCAGCUCUGCUGGCGCUGCAGCCAACACCUCAUCCGAACUGCAGGACGAGCUGGAUUCGCCCAACAGUCCCAUCGUGUUGCGGGGCGAGCUGGGCGACAGUGACAGCGGGAUUGUUCCCGAAUGGUCCGACUCCAGUUCCAUCUCCGAAUCGUCCUACAUCCGCCACUAUCAACCUUGCCAGCUUCUCUCCUCUUGGCGGAAGCCUCAACCCAAAGUGCGACGCUCCCUGUCGCCCAUCUUCCAGUACCGAGCCCUGAACACCAACAACAUUUCCGUCGAUCAGGUGGAUUCCUCGGUCGUUACCGUCUCCUCUCCUGGACUGCUAUCCACUUCCGGCGCUUACGAGACUCUCUGGCCCAACGAGGAAUCCGAACCGCCAGUUCCCGAACACCAUUCCAUCUUAUCGUCGGCCGAUUCCACUUCGGCCGCCAACGGAUCGGUGGAAGACUCGGACGACAUUGCUCCCGUUCGUACCUCGUCGCCAUCACCGGCGGAAGACGAGGAGGAGACGUCGUCCGAUUGCGACGAAGAAGAUCGUCAUGUGGUUCACACGACACGAAUUCACAUCGAAUAUCCGCCACCGCCGUUACCACCUGCGUCCGAGCCUUCGCUGCCGGCCAAAAAAGCGGAUCACUCACCUCAUUACUUGACGGCAUCGCUGGAUAGGCGGGCCGUGUCCAGAGGCAAAUCCUCGUCGGCCGGCAAAGUUGACAGCAACGGAACAACGUCCGUUCACCUCAUCAAAAUCGAGCGUGAUUCGGACAAUUUGAAAGCCGAGCUAGGCAUUUUCAUAGCGAAAAAGAAGCUGACCAGAGGCAGCAUUGGUUACCUGGUGGCUCACAUUGUACCUGGAGGACUAGUCGCUCGGGAUGGCCGGCUCCAAUUGGAUGACGAAAUCGUCAACGUGAACGGCCGCCGACUUCGCAAUUUGUCGAUGGUUCAGGCCAGCGCCGUUCUGCGUUUGCCGGUGCCCGUCGUCGAGAUGGUCGUAUGCCGGGGCGGAGACUUGCGGGCCAAACGUCGUUCGGUCGACGACAUGCUGCAGGAGAACGCGGCGACAAUCAUCCUGGUCAACGGAGACUCCAAGCCCGUCCACUCGCGUCCGCCGAUGGAUGAGGAGCCCUGUUACGAGAACGUGAUUCUACCGCCAGAUGGCGACACGAUGGUUCAUCGUCUGCAUCAGCAACAGCAACAAAAGUCGCCGCCGCAACACCUAGAUGACUCUGGCGUGGAGAUUAGCGAGAGCGGCAGCUGCAGCUCCGGUUCUCACCUGGAAGCCGACGGUCUCCUGGAAUCGGCACCGUCGACCAAUGGGAGCAGCGGCGGCGGAUCCUUUCGCCGCUCUUCUCAGGUCAGAAAGGCGUUGAACCCGGAUAAUAAUGACCCAUCGGCCAGCAGUGGCGACAGCAGCGUCUCGACCACCUCCAGUCGAACUUACAGCGUCAACAUUGGUGGCGACCUGGCUGAUAGCAGUUGCCCGGCUGGCGCCAACGCCCAGCAGUCCGGCAAGGGUCCGAAAAAAGGUUCCGACUUUUGUACGCUGCCGCGCCGGCCUCGCACGCAAAUCUCGCACUCGUUUUACACAAUCGUCUACGAGAAAGGCCCGGGCAAAAAGAGCCUCGGCUUUACCAUCGUCGGCGGCAUCGAUUCGCCGAAAGGUCCCAUGAGCUUCUUCGUCAAAACGAUUUUUCCAAACGGCCAGGCAGCCGACGACGGCCGACUAAUUGAAGGUGACGAAAUCCUGGCCAUUAACGGAACCGGCCUCGAAGGACUCAGACACGCUCAGGCCAUCGGUUUCUUCAAAGCCAUCAAGACGGGCAACGUGGCCCUGCAGAUCUGCCGCAGGUUGAGACGCAACCAAAUGAGUCCCGACAAAUCCCGGUCGUGCAACGAUCUGCUCCAAGACACGGGCGACAACGACAGCUGAAUAUAAACUCGGCCCCACGGAUCGCCAUGAAUACGUCAGUGAUGGGUGAACUUAUCCUCCUCGAUCGCAAUCACCGGGCAACCGUCUCUUGUAUCCUUAUAUACAUAUUCCAACUUAUUUUUUUCUUUUUUUGGCUUUCGGGGGUUCGAUAUUUUUAGAACCGAGGAGAAAAUGUAUGUAAACGCGUCCGUCCGUCAACUGGUAGACUGUCUGUCACUUUGACGACGCAGGAGGGCCGCUGGCUGAUCCUUAUAAUAUUCAAAAUCUUUUCAAAAAUGUCUACCUUGAAUUGUAAUCUAUGCGGUACAUCUAUCGAUUUUUUGCGUAGUAUUUGUAUACAUAAUGUAUAUCCCACUUUCCCUCUGUCAGAUAUGAUUUCUCUUAUAUAUUUAUAUAGAAAGAAAGAAAAAAAAAGAGCAUUUUUCGAAAUGUGUAAAUCAUAAUAUUUUCCCUUUUCUUUCUUUUUCAUUUUUUCCUGCUGGCUGAGGAAAAGGACAGACAUGUCCCACGAUAUCUGUACAUGUGUAUCGGCGUUUAGUCAUUGCGUGUUCGCAAGUUUUUUUUUCUCUUCUUUUAACUAUUUCAUCCGUCGUGAAUGUCUGCCCGGCUGUCCCGUUAUUCUUUCUUUCUUUCAUUCUCUCUACAUGUAGCAUAAUGCUCGAUCGUUUUCAUUCAAUGUGUUUGUGUGUAUAUAAAUUGGCUGUCGUGUUAUGUGUAAUGAACUAUUCAAAACAGCAACAACAAAAAAAGAAAAACAUUUUUCACGA